AUUGGCUGCUGAAAGCGGAAGUGUCGAGGGGAGAAAAGCGGAAGAAAUGAGACGACACACGGCAAACCCGAGCUAAAUAAACUCUUCCGGCUCGAGUUUGGAGCAGAUUUCCAGACAUGGCGUUGACACGGAGGGUCUUGUGGACGGUUUUUCUGGCGCUUUGGGCUUCUUUAAUCUCCGCCUUUAACCCGAGUCAGGACAGCGAGCUGACCUUCCUCCUGCCCGCUGGAUCCUCCGAGUGUUUCUUCCAGCCCACGCAGAAGAACGGAACCCUGGAGGUCGAGUACCAGGUGAUUGCUGGAGCAGGUAUGGACGUGGACUUCUCCAUCAUCUCACCACAUGGCAUCCACAUGGUCUCAGAGUUUCGCCGCUCUGAUGGAGUUCACAUGGUAGAGCCCACUGAAGCAGGAGACUACCAGAUCUGCUUCGACAACAGCUUCAGCCGCUUCUCUGAAAAGAUGGUGUUCUUUGAGGUCAUUCUGGAGAACGCAGCCAAUGAUGCAACAGCUGAGGAAGAGUGGGCGGGGCUUGGGGAGCCUGAGAACCUGCUGGAGUACAAGCUGGAGGACAUCCGGGAGUCGAUUGAGUCGGUGCACCGUCACCUGGAGCGAAGUCGGCAGAUGCAGACAGUGCUGAGGGCAUUCGAGGCUCGAGAUCGUAACCUGCUGGAGAACAACCUGUGGCGAGUCUCGUUCUGGUCCUGUACCUCUUUGGUGGUUAUGCUCACUGUCGCCUGCACUCAGGUGUACACGCUACGCCGCCUCUUUGACGACAAGAGGCAGGUCAGAUCCUGAGGACCCACCCCUCUGAGCAACCAGUAUGCUUGAUGGAACUGUGUGACAGGCGGUUUGGCCCUGGAAAUGACUCAAAGUUUAGAGUUAAAGUGCCUUACUCAAGCAUGUUGUAGCAGCUGCAGGAUCAAAAAUGGUGUCUUUAUUCAUCAUCUCGGAUUGCGCUACGUCCUGAGCAGCACCCUAUUUACUUGCUUUAUUGUGAACAACAUGACGGCUGUGAUCGGGCCAUGCUAGAUAUCACGGCUGUGAUGUUAUUCGUGAUAACACACCACCUUGAAUGUUCAGUCACCUUUUAUACAUUUUUUUUUUUUUCCAAAGUAAAAAAAAAUGCUUUUAAUAUAAACAAUUUUGCUGUGAUUUUGUAAUAAUGAAAUGGAAUCAAAUGUGACUAGUGUAUAGGCUAACAGCAAGUAACGCUUGUUGGAUGAUUACAGGUAAUAGUUCUUUUGUUGCACUGCAGAUUGAAACGUGAAGCCAACCUGCUAGUUUUGUAAGUGUAAUUUUUGUUUUUUCUUCUUUUUAAUGUGUAAUGUUAAGAGUUAGCAAGCAGUAGAGAAAACACAGCAGUUAGCAUCCAGGGACUUAAAGGAAUGGUACAGGUAUGAACUAGCAGGUUGCAUAAUUUUUUUUUUUAAAUUCUCCUUUCAGUUUAACAGAACUUGUGACUAAAUCUGAGUGUUGUAUAAAGUAAGGUAAUUUGGGAA